UUCCCUAUCCCCCAGUUCCUGGUGAAGUUUUUCGAGUAGCAUCCAGAAGAUUCCUGAGCUGGGAUCCUUCCACUUUAGUGGAUGCAUCACUACCAACCAUGUCCAGUGAUACAGAGGAGGAGUCCUCAGAGCCCAGCACCAUGCCCAGCAUCUUUGGGGAAGAGGUGUUCACCAGGCAGUACACCAUCCUGAAGGCCUUAGGCCAGGGUGGCAGUGCGAAGGUCAUGCUGGCCCUGCACCGUCUCACGGGCGCCACAGUCGCGGUGAAGGCUCUGAUGAAGCAGGAGAAGCGGAGUGAGCCGCCAGCGUCUGAGGUCGACAUCAUGAGGAUGCUCAGACAUCCUAACAUUGUUUCCCUCCUGCAGGUGAUAGAAACAGAGUGGAACAUUUACUUAAUUAUGGAAGUGGCUGAGGGUGAACAGCUAUUCAAUCGCAUCCAGAAGUCUGGAUGCCUGAAGGAAGAUGAGGCGAGAAGCAUAUUAGUUCAGCUGUUUAGUGCCAUAGGCUACUGCCAUGACAAAGGUGUUGCUCAUAGAGACCUAAAGCCUGACAAUGUCAUAGUGGAUGAGCACGGGAAGGUGAAAAUUAUUGACUUUGGCCUAGGUGUCAGAUUCAGGCCUGGGCAAAAGCUGGAAAAGCCAUGUGGCACCUUCGAGUUCAUUCCUCCCGAAGUCUUCCUGGGCUUCCCUUAUGAUGGCCCCAAAGUAGAUGUCUGGACCUUGGGGGUCCUCUUAUAUUAUAUGGUGACAGGGAUUGUCCCAUUUGCAGGGGCCACCUUGUCAGAACUCAGGGAACAAGUUCUGUACGGGAGGUAUGACAUCCCCUAUCAGCUUUCCAAAGACUUAAGGAGCAUGAUCAGCCUAUUACUAACUGUGAAUUCGAGGCAGAGGCCAACUGUGCGGGACCUCAUGGGCCACCCAUGGCUUCAGAAAGGGGAAAAGACAUUUACAAUUCAUUGCAAUGGAGACACCAGCUGCCCAGACCUUGAGAUUAUGGCAGCCAUGCAAAACAUUGGGUUUGACACCCAGGAUAUAAGACAAUCUUUAAAACACAGGAAGUUCAAUGAAACCAUGGCUGUAUACCACUUACUGAGAUGUCAGGCAUGCCAGGACUGUGACAGUAAUGUCCACACAAAGGUAAUGAACCCAGGAGUAACACCUUUUCCUUCUGUUGAAGACCCUGACAUGUUUUCCCUGCCCCUCAGGAGAAGGGCCAGUGAACCUUCUCUUCGGAUAUUAGUCUCACCCACAGAAAACCCUGAUCAGAGUCAAAGGAAGGAGAUGGAUGACCCUGACCUGCCCGAGAAGACACCCAAUCUGGGCAGAGGUCACAAGCGCUCUAUGACUGCGCCGUGUAUUUACUUACCAAGAGACAAUGUGAUUGAUGUGGAAGACACCAGCUUCUCCAGUAGCUCCCGGUCAGGAAAGGCCUCAAGUGGCCUGGAACAGAGCAGAACUUCAAUCUCAAGCUCCCUGCAGCUCAGAGGCUGGGCAGGAUGGAAGAAGAGGAUUCUGGCAUGCAUCCUCAGACUAUGCUGCUGUAUGUCAUCCCACAAAAGGUGUCCAAGGAAAGUGUACCCCCCAAAGUGAGGGGACACUGAGAUGACAAGAAGUGUGAGGCAUGGUCCAGGCUUUCUUCUGACUGGCCUCUCCAUCUCAGCACAGGCAGAAGCCCAGCCAAGCAGCAUGGAAGUCUAUCUUUUCCCAGCCUGCCUCUCAUUGGCUCCUGUUUCUGCCUGGUGUCCUAGUACCCGGGUGACCUGACAUCAGAGGAAGACUGGGGAGUUCACAGUCGGACACACUGCCCUGCUUGUCAGAAAAGAAAGAAGAGGGAGGCUGGUGCUGCCCUCAAGACUUUCCAGAAAUGGACCACCCCAGACUUGAUGCUCCAGCUCGGGCUGGGAGCUCCUUCCUGCUCCUUCCACUAAAACUCAACCUGCAGCUACAACCGAGGGGCUAGCUCCUGUGGAGGGGGUUACCUUCAGUUCUGCCCGCUGGGACCUGCUGCUUCUGGGAACUGCUCUCCACAGAGGACUGCUCUUCACUGCUUUUGGGGGGCCUCUGAACGAUGACAGCUGUAACUCUCCCAGUCUCUCUUGAAUGGCAUCCUGCUGCCACUGAGAGUAUUAGAGUUCCUACUUUCUGGGUUGUAUUUCUUUUGUGUUUGUGUGUGUUUGUGUCUGAAUGGUUCCUCCUAUGUUGGAAAUAAAACUCUCCCUCUUUUUG